CGUGCGUUGGUAGGGGUGUCUGCGGUCAUCGUGGAGGAUCGCCUGCAGGAACGGUUUGCGCACUGCGUCCUGCGCAACCACGACAACCGCUUGGACGCCAACCCGCGGCUCCUGUACCGAAAGCAGUGCAGUGCACAACUGCUGACCUGGGACCCCGCAGAUGCGAGAUGGGGGCAGCGGGGACACGAGUUGGUUGACGACGCGGAGGAUUCAGACGAGGAGGUUCCCUCCGCCCCCGAAGAGGAGGAUCCGACAGACAUCAAAAUCUUUCCCGUGAUUGAGGAGGAGUGCUGCCGGCGCGUCAGUGGAGAAAUCGGGGCUACCAACCGUGGCCUGUGGCAGAUAUUUCUUGAUCUCAACCUGCGCGAACAGGCGCGCGAGCGCGACGAGGCAAAUCUAGUGCCAAUACAGAAAACUACCGAAAAACGAAAGAAAGGGGGAAAGACCCCCCGCCAGGUGGAAACAUCUUCACAAGAAGGAGACCACGAGCGCCUCGCCUCCUCGACGCAGCCGGCUUUGACCGCCUGUGAGCGGUCCCUGGUCGACCUGCUAUAUAACCUGGAUACCGAGCGAGAAAAGCCGGACAUCGUGUCGGACGCCGAUCUGCUGGCUGCACUGAUUGGUAAGGACAACGCAAUUUUCCGUCUCCGAGAGUUGAGAAACAGAAAAGUACUAGCCGAAGCAACUUCUACCUCGUCCAGCACGACAAGAAACGGUGCAUCAUCUACUUCCGAAGAACCGGCGCAACAGUUUUCCCUGGUAGACUGUGUCCGGGACGGUCCUGUCUUGGGCCUGCAAAAGGACGCGCCGUCCCUUCUGGAGGAGUGGAUCUUGAAGGGCUCUCCGUUUCCACUGUUGCUCGACCUCGCGAUGUCGCAACAAGUGAACCACCGUGAUGUCUUAUGAUGGGGGAGACCCCCCCGUCCACACACAAGUUGUCGGGAUGUUCUUCGAUUUCUGAGCUAGUUUGUAGCCGCAAACCUCUUCUGUUUUGCAUACGGGCACGGGGAACGGCAAAAGAGGUGUCAUUCAACGGGAGCACUCUAUUAACCGUAGUCUGCUUCAAUGCGCCGCAGCCUGCUAGAGGUAAGCGUAGAGGCAGAGAUGUCUGUCGUGCAGCUUCGAUCGCUAGACUGCGCAGGCCCCUUCUAUGCUUAUUUAUAUUUGGUUCGCGGAAGAUUAAGAUAAACCUGAUCAUUUUUUGUGUACUUCAAGCCCGCCGUGCUAAAUUUUUCAUUCCACAUAUGGAAGAGGGGGAUACUUCGUUUUGAUAUGUCUUCACAGUUGGCGACCCGGAGGUGCAUCCACUUCCCGCCGCUCUGGUCCGGAAACUGCAGACUGCUUCAAAUCCCCCGAUGCCAAUUCGGCACAUGCCAUCAACCGAAGCAAAAAUGCUGUCUGAAUCGGGAUCCCGAUCCGCUGAAAAUGAGUCGGGCUUCGACGACCAUCACGCAGGCGACCCGGUCCUCGGAGGUGCGACGCAGAGGCCCGAUCGGCGUUACGUGGGCCGUCGUGCGCAGGCACGUGCGCCCAAGCAGCCGAGCGUGUACCACCAGCAGCAUCAAACGGGAAAAUCUGCUGAUGAACAAGUUGACGUUCCAAACGACAAUUUGUCCGGCUCGACGUCAACACCUCGUCUAGGAAUUGCGUAUGGUCGCACGGCAGCUACAUCAACAUCUUCUUCUGCGAUAGAAGAAGAACACAGUGAAUCUUUCUCCUCGACCUCCACAAGUAGUCUAGGCCAGGCUGACGUGAGUGUCAGUGUCCGCGCAGCGUUCACGACUGCCUUCUACGGACGCACACGGGAGUUUCUGACGCAGAGAAAGCGCAUUCAGCGCGGUGGAGACUUGGUGCUGGACCCCGAGCUGAUCGCCGAAGAAUCAGUUUCCGGUGAGGGUGCAGUGGGCGUGCCGCGUUUUACCCGAAAUCGUGACGGUUCCACAAGCUACAAACCAGGUGCAGACGUCGAUAUCCUGCAGAGUGCCGCCGGGGAUGGAGCAGAUGUUGAAAUAAAUACCAGCAAGAACAACGAGCGCGGCCAGCAUCCUGAGCAUGAGCUGGACGACCUGACAUCUCGUCCGUCCUCACCUGCGGCACCAAAAAGCCUGUCUCAGAGCAAACAAAAGGUCGCGACGCUGAUAGACGUUGGUGGAUAUGAUGGUGCGGAUACCGUGUUUGAAGUGUUGUAUGCAACUCGACACGUCCUCGCCCACCGUGCUCGAACUACCCGCUCUCUACAUCAAUUCUAUUUCAAAGGGAAAGACGUUAUGCUGUUGCCUAUCUGUAUCUUGUUUUCUUGUUGCUUAGGAACAGCAUUGAUUACAUGCAGGAGUUCGGAUGUAGCUACUUAAAUCCAAGCACUGACGCAGCGUUUCGGGAGUAAUUCGAGAUAGGACCACGAGUUGUGUCUUUUCAUAUGUCGUCCGGCCAAUACAAGCGGGGUUUCCUCGCAGAUAGCAGUGAGAAGGGUGUGCGGCACUUUUGGCGCAGUGCGGACCGGCAUCAGGCACUGCCGCGGGUGGAGUUGUUUCGCAAAUUUCGCAUCAAAUUCGGGGUCGUGACGAAAAAAUGGAUCCAAGACAGCGGCCUCGUGCCCGGCCGUGACAUGAUCGGCGCUCCCGGGUACAGCCAAGCCCGGGACAACUCGCAGCGCGCAUGGCUGCUGUUCGACCCGGAGAACACAGCCCGUUCGCAAGUGCAUCGCAUUCACCUGUUGGACCGGGCGGAACCGCUGACGCAGCUCGCGACCCUCGCGGCGGACGCCGUUAUCAUGCUGCGGAAGGACCGUGUUUGGUGGGAGGGCCGAGUGGUCGUGCAUGGCAAAGACGACUCUCCCGUCGAGUUGCCGGAAAAUGACGAGGAGGGCAAUGAGCCCUUGUUUGUCAUGCUCAAAGAAAUUUUUGACGUAGGCGUCGACGAAGAACACCAGGAGCAGAUGGAGCUGAAGCUGCAAAUGGAACCACAACCAAAGGCAAAUGAAAGGACCAAAGAUGACCAACACCAGCUGCUGCAAUUAUCACCAAUGAAAAUAAACGUUGAGAAGGACCAUCAUGAGGAGCAGCGCUUCGGCGCUUCGGUGUGCUUGUUUGGUAAGUACGAGCGCGAUGGCGAUGUGGUAACGGAUUUUACGAAAAUGCAUCCCUUUCUCAGCUCACUCGUCUUCUCGCUUUUCAACACGGACGAAACGAUCGGCGAGUUUCGCCAACGAGCAACGCACGAAGCAAAUGCCAUCAAACAUGAGCAAAGUCAAGAGGUCGUGGACAAAGUGGUACGGUAUGGAUGAUGAACGUAUCGACUGCACGGGUGAAGUUUGUUUGAUGAAGAAUUUUUUACGUAUACGUUUGAUUAUAGAUUUUUUUUUUUGCAUUUGUGAUGACUACACGCAAGAGAAUUCCGUAUUUAACACUGUGGAGAUGUCACGCAAGAUUGUAUUUCCUGACCUACAGGAUUGCGAAAGGAUCGACUGGGUGUCGACGCACUUUGAAAAGUUAAGCUUUGCGAAUUAAAAAAUCACAUUCGUCAACAUUGCUGCAUUUUGCCAUGCACAAUGUGAGCUGGAAAAUAUAUGUUGCGCAGAAAGCUUCGCGCUUCACCCUUUUUACGCAUCCAUAUCAUUGCCGGUUGGCUUCAGCGAUCCCUGUGCUCUCUCGACUGGGCUAUGGAAGAUUGGCUCUGGAAGAACGACCAAUCGCAGAAAGAAAAUCAAAGUCUCCAAAAGAAAAUAACACAAACGCGUAAAGACCUUCGCCGGCAGCUUCAGGAAAUCACAACUCCCCUUCGCUCGGUGUAUCCCGACGACGCGCCAUACGAGCCAAUACACAAUUACUUCACGCAAGUAAUACGUGUUCUCGACACGGCAACUUCAAGCUCGCCUAUGCAACGAACCAACUCGAAGGUUAGAAAUGCGUCAGGAACCACAUCACAAAUCGAUGAAAAGGGCGACCGCGAUUUUCCUGCAUCAUUCGAGUGCCACUUACGGGCAUCAACGCCAGCUGUCGAUGACCAGAUCGUGCGCGGCGCCCUGUUAUCCUAGAUGGAAUCACCAUCGACGUCGGCGUCCUCUCAUGUCGUACAACAAAUGCAUGCAAUUCAGUGAAAAAGAAACUAGAAAAAUAAAUCCUGGUAAAGUUGUGGUGUCGGUGGUGAUGAUUCCUCGUGGAUACCUGCGCGUGUUGCGCCGCUGUGAAAGGGUGAAGUUCUCCAUGUAUGCAGCAGUGGCAGCAGGCAAAUUUUGGUGGAGGUUGAUGUUUCCGAGGAGAAAACAGGCACGAUGUGACUUAGGAGGAAAAGACAGGUGCACGACACGCACAUUCAUUUAUAUCAGCAUCAAGUAGAUAUAGCAGUGGCAGCGCGUUAUAGUCAAUCUGAUGUUCUUGCUGAUGGUGCCCGAGGUCGUAAGAUAGAAUCGCUCUAGUUCCUACGUCAUCAUACCGUGGUGCAUAAUGUCACACACGACGUUAAUAUGGAUCGCUUUUAUUUCACAGCUGUUUUUAGCACCUGUAGAGCGAUGAAAUCAAAUGCAAAAAUACCUUCAGCGCUGGCAUCCAUCAGCCAUUUUUUGCAAAGUUGUCUGCUGUUGCAUACGUUCUGGCUGCAAUUCAACAUAGCCGAGUUCGGCGUUGACAUGGGUGGAAUUUUUCCGCUCGGCCAAAUAUCCCCACACGCCGAGCUGCUUGUUGCACCCGCACCAGGGUCAGGGACCGCGUCCUAUGGCGCACACGAACGCCAGCAAGCGCAGGCGUUUCCUUCUUUCGAUCUCCUUCUGCAGCCCCCCGCCAUUGUGCAUCACAAGCUGGCUGAGCAGAGUGCUAGUGCUUUUAUUGCACAACCAGAUGUGGAAGAUGAACACGAUGCAUCAACAACUUCUCGUCCUUUUGUGCAGUUCCAGAAUACCUCCCUAACCUACUUCGUGGAAAAGUACGGAGCCAACAAAGCGAAAUGGCCAGCUGCUGCGGCCGCCGGGAACGAUCCCGCAGCUGCGCCCGACGCGAAGAAAGCCUGGACAAGCACGGGAAACUUGCGCAGGAGCUUCCGCUUCGUGAACGCCAACUCAGAUGUUGAUGGUAGAGACAAGGAGGACGACGAAGAACCACAGGAAGACGCAAUCUCCUCCCAGCAUCAAGUCGCGGCAAGCGAGCACCUGAGUCGCCUCGAGCGUGCACUGGAUGAGUGGAAGGCAGACCGCGCCGUGUUUGUACGGCACCCGCUCCUAUGGCAAGAAAAAGUGUCUCACAACAAGUGUGAAUGUGAUAAUCUUCGCAAAUUAUUAGUUUGCUUCUUGGGACACAGGAAAUCUGGUCUGCUAGCUUUUCGAGAUGAAACAGGGCUGAGGAUGGCCUUUGUCGCAUAAGUUUCAUUCUUCUAACAAGACAAACUGAAAGUGAAGCCUGUUCUGCAUGUUAUGAAUACAAGUUCACACCCACAGUGACGCCACACUUGGUGUUUUCCAGUGAUAGUGCCUGGAUCUCCUGUACU